AUUAAAUAAUUAAUUAAUUAAUGAAUUAAUGUAUAUGCACUCUAUAAAUAAAAGGUAGGAGUAUUAGAUUCCAUUUCAUCCUAUCCAUAGAUGAAAAUGGCCCCAACAAUUCUGCCCCUGGUUACCUUUUUUUUAGCUUUCUCUGCUUCUUAUCUCUCGAUCGGUGAGGCGGAAAUAGAUCAGCUUAAUGGACUCAAGCUUAAUUCUCAUAUUCUUCAGGAGUCUAUCGCUAAACAGAUUAACGAAAACCCAGGGGCAGGAUGGAAGGCUGCUAUUAAUCCUCGUUUCUCCAAUGUUACUGUUGGACAAUUUAAGCGCCUUCUUGGAGUCAAGCAAACACCUAGGAAUGAACUAAGGAGCACACCUGUUGUAACUCAUCCAAAAUCCUUAAAAUUGCCAAAGAAUUUUGAUGCAAGGACUGCUUGGUCACAGUGUAGCACUAUUGGAAGAAUUCUAGAUCAGGGUCACUGUGGUUCUUGUUGGGCAUUUGGUGCUGUCGAAUCAUUAUCAGAUCGUUUUUGCGUUCAUUUUGACAUGAAUGUAUCCCUCUCUGUUAAUGACCUUCUAGCAUGCUGUGGAUUUCUUUGUGGGUCUGGCUGUGAUGGAGGGUAUCCCAUUUAUGCGUGGCGAUACUUGGCAAGCCAUGGUGUCGUCACUGAAGAGUGUGACCCAUACUUUGAUCAAAUUGGAUGUUCUCAUCCUGGUUGUGAGCCAGCAUAUCAAACUCCCAAGUGUGUUAAAAAGUGUGUAAAUGGAAACCAACUUUGGAAGAAGUCAAAGCACUAUAGUGUCAAAGCAUAUAGGGUAAACUCUGAUCCCCAAGAUAUCAUGGCAGAAGUUUAUAAGAAUGGGCCGGUUGAAGUUGCAUUCAGUGUUUAUGAGGAUUUCGCUCACUACAAAUCAGGAGUUUACAAACACAUCACAGGUUCUGCACUAGGCGGUCAUGCAGUAAAACUGAUUGGAUGGGGAACAAGUGAAGAAGGGGAGGACUAUUGGCUUCUUGCAAAUCAGUGGAAUACAAACUGGGGAGAUGAUGGUUACUUCAAGAUCAAGAGAGGGACAAAUGAAUGUGGGAUUGAAGAGGAUGUUACUGCUGGUUUGCCUUCAACCAAAAAUAUUAUUAGAGAAGUGACUGACAUGGAAGUUGUUGCUGAUGUUUCAUUCUGAGUGUUAAUAUUUAAGUAACUAGUAUUUACCUUAACAAUAUUUGUGUUGGUAUUGAAAAAUUUGUACCUGUCUUGUUACAUUACGUGUAUGUCUGUUUUAUGGGAAACAGUUCAAAUUAUGAAUAUGAUGCUCUGGAAUCUGUCACACGAAAUAAGAGGCUAACUGCCAUAUUUAUACUAGCAAA